AUGUCUUUCGCAGCAUCGCGCGCGGUGCUCCGGCACUCGCCAUUCGCCGCCCGCCGCGCAGGCCUCCGCAAUGCAUCUACUAUUCCCGACGCGACCGGCUCGAUCAAGCCGAAGACCUCGCAGGCCACGUCCAAGGCGUCCGAGGGCCUGACGAGGGUGUCUUCGAGCGCUGGCGGCAUGGUCAGUAGGCUUGGAGGCGCCGUGUCCAGCAUAGGUGGCAGGACUGGGAGGAUGAUUGGCUUCGUGCAAUCAUUGAUACCACCGACGAUGUACUACGGCAGAGUCGGCCUCGAGCUCGCAAAGAUGGUCUUCGAAGCCCGCAAAAUGAGCCCACCAUCCAUGUCCGCCUUCCAGUCAUACAUGCAACCCAUGAUCAACGCCCUCAGACAUCCCGCCUCGUUGUUCUCGCAGACCGCCACCUCCAGCGCGGCGCAGCCCACAAACAUACUCAGCCGGAUGCGCAACGUUAGCGGACAGGACAUGGCGGCCGCAGGCGUGGUCGCUGCUGAGUGUAUUGGGUUCUUCUCUAUUGGCGAGAUGCUCGGCAGGAUGAAGGUCGUUGGCUACAGGACCAGCGCUCCGGCGCCGGAUGCGCAGGUGCAUCAUAAGGACGUCUGA